AUGGGCGCUAUGGAUAAAAUCUCUGAAAACAUCUAUGUGGGAUCCGUUUGGGCACUGUCGUCCCCCCGCGAUCUCAAGGCUGCAAAUAUCACCCACAUUGUCAGCUUAUUGCGCGGCGAUGUCACAGACAUGUCUGCCUUAGGCUUCAAGCAACUGCACAUUGAAAUCGAUGAUGACGAUGAAGAAGACAUUAUGCGCUUUUUUGCUCAAACUAAUGAGUUCAUCGAUGCGGCCGUCCGUGAAGGCGGCAAUGUCCUGGUCCACUGUAUUGCUGGUAUCUCACGUUCCGUCACAAUCGCCACCGCAUAUAUCUUAACUGAAACUACAAAACCCCCGUCUCCAGAAGAUUCCACUAAACCUGAUCACGGUUACUACAUUGCUCAAAAGGCUAAAGACAAUGAAGAUCUUGCAACCACAUUUGUCACGAAAACAAUCAAUAGCAUCAAACAAGGCCGCUCUAUUGCAAACCCAAACGACUCAUUCCGUUCCCAGCUCGUUAUUUUCUUGCGUAGUGGUUGUGCUAUUUCUCUCGAAAAGCCUCUUUAUCGCCAAUGGAUUCUUGCAAAACGUGCUGAAGGUAUCCCUCUCACAGGACAACCUCCAAAAGAUAUCAACUACGUCUCUGCUUCAGAUGGCAUGUACAAACUUAGCUCCAAUGAAUCUUCCGGUCAAGUCCCACCUACAUCUACACUUGCUCCUGGACCAAGGGUUCCAGCUAGUAGACCAGCCCUGACUGAUCUCUACGCCAGACUUCAAAGAGCUCCUGAAGCUUCUAGUCAAACUUCUCUUGGUGCUCAACCUGCUCCUACAAAUACACCUAUACAACCUAGACUCACCCAGCUUCGCUGCAAAAAGUGCAGAACCCCGCUGGCCAGCUCCAAAGCUUUUAUCUUACACACACCACCAUCCAAUGCCCCCGGCUUAAAAAAUGCUCCAAGAAAUGGUCUUUCUGUUCACUCUUCACUCGACCGCGCCUGUAUGCAAUACUUUAUGGAACCUGCCAUGUGGAUGAAACCUGAACUUGAAAAGGGUGCUAUUGAUGGGAAGUUCUGCUGUCCAAAAUGCAACUCCAGAAUUGGUUCAUACUCUUGGCAGGGGAACAAGUGUAGCUGCGGUACUUGGGUUACUCCAGCUAUAGAGCUUCAACGUGCUCGUGUUGAUGAAGUGGUUGUCAGACAACCUCUUUGA